AUAUUACAUAUAUUUAAAGUCGCUCUACAACGCACUCUGGCGUCCUGCGACACCCAAACGCCACAUAUGCCUGUCUCAUCCAUAAUCAGUUUCUUUUUAUUCUGUCUAGGUGUGGGUAAAACUACUCUAACUAAAAAAAUUUGUGAAAGGCUCAGAACUAACAGAAUCAAAAUUCAAGGAUUUUACACCGAGGAAAAAAGGGAACAUGGAUCUCGCAUUGGCUUUGAUGUUGUAAGUUUGGACGGAAAAAGAGGACCACUUGCUAGAAUAACAUCUCAACAAUGUGGGAACUUUCCGAAAGUUGGGAAGUAUGCUGUCGAUAUUCAGGCUUUUGAAUCUAUUGCUCUGCCCAUUUUAAACAAUCUUCAAGGUUCGCCUGUCCUAAUACUGGAUGAAAUUGGAAAAAUGGAAUUAUACAGCAAUAAAUUUAAGCAGAAAGUUAGUGAAAUAUUUCGAAACUCGGAAACAGUGAUUCUUGCCACCAUACCCUCUCGACCAAUGCCAGUUGUAGACAGCUUACGAAAACUUCCAUCAGCGAAAAUUUUUACUCUGUCGGUCCAAAAUAGAGACGAUUUGGAGGAUGAAGUGAUGACCCAUUUAAUGGCUCCAUUGGCUACAACAUGAUUCUUGGAACAUAGAUAGGUUACAAAAUUAGUGGAUCAUUAUCUUCCAAACAAAAUUCUGUUACAAUGCAGUUUUGCCUAUUUAAAAAAAAAUGUUUUUACUGCAGUUUUCAAAUGAAAACAAGUAUAUAUAAGAAAUAAAGAAAUUGAAAAACUC